CACACAGGAAGAGCUGAAUAAAUAUAUAUAUAUAAAGCAGAAGACGAGUGUCAGACACACAGAAUGGCUGAUAGGAGUCCUCUGUUUCUGCUGCUCAUCUUCUGGACACUCAGCACAGGUGUGUUUGGAGCAGAACAUACUCCUGUGUCCAGCAGUUCUGGAGAAACUGUUCAUCUGCCCUGUAGAAACACUGAUCAGUACUGCAGCACAUCAGGAACUACAUGGAUCUACAGCAGAGACACACAGACAGCAGCAGUUGAACUGAUUACUUUAGGGGUAAAGAAGACAAACUCAGAGAGACUGAAUCUGGGCUCUGACUGCUCUCUGACCAUUAGUAGAGUCACAACAGAAGAUGCUGGAUAUUACACCUGCCAACAGUGGAGUGGACCAGGAGGACACCAGUAUGGAGCUGAUUCACAUGUGUUUCUGCAAGUUGUUGCUGCUGAAGCUAAAACAACACCAACAACAACAACAACAACAACAACAACAACAACAGCAACAUCAGCAACAACAAGAACAGGAGCAGCAGCUGCAGUGACUCCAGAACACAACACAAACACAAUAAAAGCAGCUAAAACAACAACAACAGUGACUCCACUUCACAACACAAACCCUAAAAUAGAAAACCCAAAAGCUGCUUCACCAGCUCCAGAUCCUAAAACUAAAGCAGAGCCGAAACCACAAGCCGAAAAAACAGAUGAAACGCCUAAAGCUGAAGCUCAAACAGCAGCAGCAGCAGCAGCGACUCCAGACCACAACACAAACACAACAACACAAGCAGCAGGAUCUUCAUCAGCAGUGCUUUCAGUUCUGCUUUCUGCUGCUGCUUUGGCUGUUUUCAUCGCUGCUGUUCUGUGUUUGAUCCAGCGCAGAAGAAGAGCUGCAGCUCAUCAAAGAGCGAGCGGUGAAUCAGCGGAGCAGACGGAGGAUUCAGUCACUUAUUCUGAGGUCACUUGUGCUGGGAAAAAGCCGGAGAAAUCAGCCAGUGAUGAUGAUGGUAAUGACUCAGUGACUUACGCCGCCGUCAGCAGAAGAGCUUAAUGUGUGCAGAAGAAGAAAAAGAGCCUUCAGGAAUAAAGAUCAACACAAACAGGCAGAAAUCACAGCAGCAUCACUGCAGCAUUUCAGGAGCACAAGUUUCCCUCAAAUGCGCAGAUUCAGGACUUUAGUGUGGAGAAUUACAGCACUGUCUGUUUGUGUUUGUAUUAGAAGUUUUUGUAUUAGUUUUUCCACAGCAGGUGGAGCAGUUCUGGGUUUCAGACUAAAGCUCUUGAGUCUUCAUUGAAAACAACUCGCUCUAAAACUGGAAAAUCUUUACACCUUUUAUACCAGCUUACAAUAAACUAAACUGUGUUUAUAUUUGACAGAGAAUUACUAACACACUGAGUAAAUCUGCAAUCUUAAUCUCUCUGUUCAGCUCAUUGUAUUAAUAGUUUUGUAAUGGUUUGCUUUAUAGAAAUGUAUUAUUAAUGUCUUAUUACUAACAUCAUAUUCAUGUUUAUGUGAUGUAGAAAGAACCUUUUGUAGCUUUCACAUCAAAUUAAAAGUACUAAAGUGAUUGAUAUUAUGUGUCUUUAUAAAUGUUUCAGAUGAAACUUUUGUGAAAAUAAAAUGUCAAACUAAGAGUGAAAUAA